AUGGAAGAAGCGAACAACCCCGUCUUCAUGGUGCUGGAAGGGCUCGCCCAAUCAGUGCGCGACGUCUGUCACACGGUCGCCAAUCAGAGCCAGGAGUUUCGAGCCAUCCUCAUGGAACAGAGUCAGACCCAGGCGAACGGGCGCAAGUUCAAGAUCCCCGGGGCUGCGAUGCCGACGUUUCUGGGGCAAGCCCAGCGAGAACUUUGA